AUGGCGAAGAUUAAGAAGAAGGGCACCUCUGGCCAGGCCAAAAACUAUAUCACCCGUACCCAGGCCGUGCGCAAACUUCAGAUUUCUCUGCCUGAUUUCCGUCGCCUUUGCAUUUUCAAGGGAAUCUAUCCCCGUGAGCCCCGCAACAAGAAGAAGGCCUCCAAGACUUCCACCCCCAACACCACCUUCUACUACACCAAGGACAUCCAGUAUCUGCUCCACGAGCCCCUGCUCAACAAGUUCCGUGACCAGAAGGCUCUUGCCAAGAAGAUCGCUCGUUCCCUGGGUCGUGGUGAAGUCAGCGAUGCUGCGCGCCUCGAGAAGAACCACGCUCCUAAACUCACCCUUGACCAUGUCAUCAAGGAGCGCUACCCGACUUUCAUCGACGCUCUUCGCGACCUCGACGAUGCCCUGUCUUUGCUCUUCCUGUUUGCCACCCUCCCCUCCACCGACCAUGUCCCCCACAAGACCAUUGCGCUCUGCCAACGCCUCUGCCACGAGUUCCAGCACUACCUGAUUACCACCAACUCGCUGCGCAAGACUUUCCUUUCCAUCAAGGGUAUCUACUACCAGGCCACCAUCCAGGGCCAAGAUAUCAUGUGGCUGGUGCCCUACCGGUUCGUUCAGCGUGUCAAUGGCGACGUUGACUACCGUAUCAUGGCCACCUUUGUCGAUUUCUAUACCACCCUGCUGGGCUUCGUCAACUUCCGCCUGUACUCCUCGAUCGGAUUGAGAUACCCCCCGAAGUUCGACACCCGGAGUGACGAGAACGGCGCUGAGCUGGCUGCCUUCACCCUCGAGGGUCGCAACUUGACUGAGGCCCCCAAGGCGAUCGAGUCCAGCAAGCCCAAGGCCAUUGAAAGUUCUAACAAGGAGGUUUCGAAGGAGGUCCAAGCCAAGGUGGACAAGGUUAUCAAGUCCGCUGGCCUGGAUCAGACGACAGAUGAGCCGAUGGCAGACACCACCGAGGAGUCGACCGAUGCCAUUGACCGUUUCGAACCCGCCGCCCCCGAGGCCGACACCCUGCCCCAGCCCGACAUGAGCGGCAACGAGGCCGGUGCUCUCUUCGCCCCCUUCACCUUCUACAUCUCCCGUGAGGCCCCCAAGGCUCCUCUCGAGUUCAUUCUGCGCGCUUUCGGCUGCAAGCGUGUUGGUUGGGACGCCGUGCUUGGUGACGGUGCUUUCACUCACGACGAGACCGACCCGCGCAUCACUCACCAGAUCGUCGAUCGUCCCCAGCUUCCCGAGGGCUCUCUUCCCGCCAUUCCCGCCGCGGCCGAGGGUACUACUCCCAAGGUCAAGCCUGGCACUCGGAUUCCCGGACGCACAUACGUUCAGCCCCAGUGGGUCUGGGACUGUGUCAACGACGGCAAGCUGCUCCGUGCCGAUCUUUACGGCCCCGGCGCCACUCUCCCCCCUCACUUAAGCCCCUGGGUCAAGGCUUCUCGCGGUGGUUACGACCCGCGUGCCAGCUUGGCUGAGCAGGAAGAGGAGGGUGAGGCUGAGAUGGCCGAGGAUGACGACGAAGCCGAGGACAGCGACGAGGAGAUGGAGGAUGAGCCCGCCGCUGUUGCGAAGCCCACCGCUGCCGCCGAGGAGUCCGAGGACGAGUCUGUCGAUGGUGGCAUGGACGUCGCUGGAACCGAUGACGAUGAAAGCGAGAGUGAAGAGGAAGAUGAAGAGGAGGAGUUCCCCGGCGUCGAGGACGAGGCCGCUUCCGAGUCUGACGAUGACGACGAGGCUGCUCGCAACCAGCACCAGCGCGAGCUUGAGGCUGAGGCUGCUGGUCUGCCCUUCACUUCCGCCGGUGCUGCUGACGAGUCCGCCAAGAAGAAGUCUGCCAAGUCCAAGAAGCUGGCUGCUAAGAAGCGCCAGGAGGACGAGGAGCUCGAGCGCCAGAAGAUGAUGAUGAGUCGCAAGAAGCGCAAGCUGCUGGAGAAGAUGAUGUACUCGAACAAGAAGACGUCGGACGAGGCUGCCAAGCUCCGCUCGAAGCGUCGCAAGCUCGAGAAGGGUGAGAAGAACGGCCAAAAAUAG